AUCGGCAACCGCCAUCUCAUCUCUCUUUCUGUCAUCAUCUGCCGUUGUACUUCAACGUUCACCGGUGCCUCGCGAACGCCCUUAGUAUCUUACCCCCACACUCUUCAUUCGCACCUCAUUCAUCUUAUCUCUUUUUCCCUGCAUUUUUGCUGCAUAAACGCCCCCUUUUCUGCUCGAACGACUUGUUCACAGAGUCAUUAAUAACAGAUAUGCCUGUACCUACUCCAUCUUCUUUGUCUGCCUCCACAGCCUCCAAAUCCAGCAUCGCGAAAACGCAUGGCCACCCGCAUGCGAAGAAGACGAGGAUUGUUAGGAGGCGAGGAAGAGCUAUGGACAGCGACGACGAGAUUGUGAGGGAGGUUGGAACAGAUUCCGAGUCUGAAAAUGGCUCAGCAUCCAGCGACGACUCGUCUGAUUCGGACACCGAGCAAGUAUCUGAUGACGCCUCUGGCCACAGACGUCCCGGAGUUCUCACCCCUGACACGAGCGAGAGUCCAACCAAUGGAAUACCCACAGAAAAAGAGCCAAGUACAUCCUUUUUUGCGCCAUCAGGGAACUGGUCAGAAAUGGUAGCAGAAGAGAAUAGUAACGGGCCUGCAGACCUCCCUGUCAUUGAUUUCGCCGAGUUCAAUGGCAACACUUCGACAGCGAAACCACCUCGGCAGCGGAAAGCGAAGAAAACCGCACCGAAAGUGAAGCAAGGCUCAGAAGCUACGUCUCUUCCAUCUCCCCCACUGUCUGUCAGUGAAGAUCACGAAGAAGAGUCUGUCGAAGAGGCUCCUCCCUCUACCUCUUCAACUCGCCCGACUCACCGUGAAUUCAUUCGGCGUCCUCCUGGACAGACAGCUCGUCAGGCCUAUCAAAACAGGCUGGAAUCGGACCCGUCAUAUGUUCCAACGGUGGGGGAGUUCUGGGGCCAUGAUGAUAGGCUUUUGGACAAGGAUCUGCGCAGUUUGAGCGGGUGGUGGCGUGGUCGGUGGCAAGGACGGGGCUAUGGUAGAGGGCGGGGUUUCGAUCGGAGUUUCGCGAUGCGUGGUCGGGGAGGUUUCGUAGGACGAAACGCGUUUCCUCAUCAGGAUUCCGUCCAGGAGGAUGAAGAAGCGGAAGCUGUUGAUGUUCCACCUGUUGAACGGGCAUGGACACAUGAUGGAUUCGAGGAAAUGAAGCGCAACGACGAGGCUCGUCGGUCAGUUCAACAACACCAGUCUCAGCCAUUCCGUGGUGUUGGCCGCGUGCGUGGAGGGGCACCUACUCGAGAACGGGGCGGCUUUUCUCGUUCCACGGGGUCCGCCAAUGCGCCUUCGAUGUCCUCUGGUCGUAUCUGGUAUCCAAUGAAGCCUGAGCUUGCGUGGACAAAGCAACAUGAAGGCUUCCUCUAUACCGAUGCAAGUAUGAAACCACGCCGCGGUCGCGGUGCAGGAUACAGGGUCAGACUACCAGGGAGUCGGGGACAGAUCGUCAGAACACCAUUGACGUCAACCAAGGAACUGCCAGUUCCAGCACCUUCUGGCACUGCGACUACCAGUGUGCUGGGUUCUGAGUAUGGGGAGAAAACCGUCGUCGUUCGGCUGCCUUCUGCAGCGAAGUCGAAGUCGGUUUCAGGCAAGUCUGAUGUGGAGGACAUUGUCACCAAGGUUAACGAUCUUUCCAUUGAAGAUGUAUUCACUGUUAGGCCGCAGCUUGUUACCGCGAAGCCUAUACCUCUACCCGAACCAUCGUCCUCCAGAGCACGUUCCAAUACUCUGCAGUCGCAAUCCACGCCAUCGCUGGCUGUUCAGCAGAAGCUUGAGCAGCUUUCGAUACAGCCCCCAUCUGAUUCGACUAGAUGGUCUCAGACUGAGGAAGCUGUUCUGCGGAACCCGUCAUCUAGUGACACCCCAGAACAGCAGCAGCAGCAGCCUUCGUCUUCCACGAGCGAAUCUCGACCUUCCUUGGUUCCUCUUCCAGCUGCCUUCCCUUCGUCUGGCUCUCAACCGUCCCCUGCGUACGUUUCUCCUUAUCAUUAUGGUGUUCCGUUGCCACCCGGUAUCGCUGUGAAUCCUGUCGGCAUGCCCUAUGAGGUCGCUACAGGUCGUCCAGUCUAUUUGCAACCCCCGUCCAUGUACAAUCCUCGUCCAAUGAUGCCUCCAUUGGCGCCUACAAGCGCUCCAUUUGUGCCUGGACACAUGCAUCACCAAUCAACGACGACUGCCGAUUAUGCCCCUCAUACUCCGCCCGUCAAUGGCUUCAUUGACCCGACUACUGGUAUGCCCAUAUUCUCCUUUGCUCCUCCAUCUUCUCGGAUCGAAAUACGUGCACCCGGAGAAGGAGGUCCUGGCAAGAGUUCUGGCAAGGAACAUGCUUUAUCAGGGUUAAGAUCCACGGCUGCUACAUUUGAGCCAACCCGACCUGCAGAGGGUACCGAUCAGGAAUAUUCUGAGGGAUCAGGCAUUCCCACGUAUGCUUCUGAGGGAGGUGCGGAGAAUGGGACACCUCCGGUGGAACAAGUUGGCAUGAUGUACGCGCCCUAUGGGCAGUACUAUUACCCUGAAACGUACGGAUACAUGCCGUACGUUGAUAUGUCGCAAGUACCACAGUACGAGAUGUACAACGAGCACAUUCCUCAAGGAACCGUUUACUACUAAUCGUACCUCUUCCUAUCUUUUCUAUUUGGUUCAUUUUGCGUACUAUUUGUCCUUUCUUUUGAGUCAUCACAUAUCGCCAUGUCCCACAGUCUACCAUCGAUCCCUCAUUAUCUCGCAUGCUUUCGUCCACGCUUUCAUCAGACUUUGGGAGACUUCCCCCUCAUUAUACAUACGUAUAUAAGCAUACCUUGCAAAUCCUAGUUGAAUCGCUGUAGUAUGACGUCUCUUUUUUUGUGAUCCCCUUGUUCUUGUUCUGUGAUGCACAUCUAUAUGCAAAUAUAAGUAUUUUUGUUUCAGAAACAAGAUGAUACUUGCAGUUACGAGAA